AUGGACUUCCUCCAGGAUUCUCCUGGGGAUUCUUCCUCUCCCACACCCACACACAAGGACCUCACAGAAUACGACUACUCGUCUGACUCGGACGACAUGGCGAGGAUCAGAGAGCCAGAAAGCAAGAUCGACAAGGAUAAACUCCACCCCGACGUCCUCAAGGACCUGGAAGUUCACCAGGGUUUCAUGCGUCAAGCAAUCAAUGUUGCCGAGGAGGCCCUCGCCGGAGGAGAAACCCCUGUCGCAUGCGUCCUGGUUUACAAAGGCGAAGUCGUCGCUCGAGGAAUGAAUGACACCAACCGAUCACUCAACGGCACUCGACACGCAGAGUUCCUCGCCAUAGCGGUGUUUCUGUCCAAGUUCCCGGCGGCUAAGCUCAAGGAGACUGAUCUCUACGUCACGGUCGAACCUUGCAUCAUGUGUGCCUCGGCGCUGAGACAGUACGGCAUUCGAUGUGUUUACUAUGGAUGUGGAAACGAUCGAUUCGGCGGAAAUGGCAGUGUUCUGGCAGUCAAUUCUGACAAGGGUCUGGAGGAGGGCUACCCAAGUUAUGGAGGGAUCUUCAGGAAGGAAGCCAUCAUGUUGCUCCGUAGGUUCUACAUCCAAGAGAACGAGAACGCACCAAAUCCUCGAGCAAAGGGUAAUCGAGAGUUGAAGCCCGUGGUCUAG